AUGGCAGCUACGUACCCAAUUGUGUUUCCGUUGAGCAAGCCCAUUCAUUCUGAGGAAGAAUGGUACGAUCUUCGUGGUACCAAUGUAUCACAGUUUUUUCUGAAGCACUGGUUCCCUACCGAUCAAGCGCAGAACGUUGUAAAGCCUAAAGCCGCGAUCAUUUUUGUUCAUGGUUUUGCGGACUAUAUCAACCGAUACGAUGGCAACUUUUCGUAUAUGGCUGAUCAUGGAUAUCAAGUGUCCGGGUUUGAUCAGUUUGGCUUUGGUCGCACGUGGUACGAAUCGCCGGACCGUCGCACAACUCAUGGCUGGACGACGUGGCCCGAGCAGAUCAAUGAUAUUACAUCCAUGAUCAAGCUUGUGCGUGUUCGCCUUGAUAAGGACUGGGGUGCAGGUAGUGUGCCUAUGUACCUGAUGGGUCAUAGCAUGGGCGGCGGUCUUGUCACUGCGUUCUUCACUCGUGAUACUGCUGAGGGUCCUGCGGCGGAAGUUAAGGGUAUGAUUUCCGGUGUAAUGGCGUCUGCGCCAUGGUACGAUAUUCAUUUCCCGAUUCCCACAUGGCUUGCUGGCCCUCUUCUGCGUGGAGCUCUGUGGGGUCUCCCUCGGCUGCAUUUGGCGCUGGGCCCGCCGUCGUCGAAUCUGUCUCGCGAUAGCGAGCUUUGCGAGGCGCUGCGUAAGGACCCUCUGAGUAAUUGUGAUGUGCACGUUCGGUGCUUGCUGGGCCCGUUGACGGGCGGUCCAAGGAUUGUCUCCGACGACUACAAGCGUUGGCCCGAGUCCCUACCGUUUUUGAUUUGCCAUGGUACAGGAGACAAGGUGACGAGAUGGGAUUCCAGCAAGGCGCUGUUUGAUAAUAUGAGCGCUAUAGGGCGACAUGUCACGUUGAGGUCGUUUGAUGGGUACUACCAUGAAGCGAUGUUUGAUCCCGGCGAUGCGAAGUUCAAGUUUACGCAGGCGUUUGUGGACUGGCUGGAUGACCAACUUGCCCGCAAAGCACGUGGAGAGGGUCAACCGACGUCCACCGAGACACUGGUAGAGUAA